AUGGUUCCCAUGUUCUCUUGCGUGGAGCUGGGGCCAGAGCUCGCCUCUGCGUUGCCGAGUAACAAGCGGCAGCUGAGGCAGCAUGUGAGGAGGAAGCUGCGUCCUUCACGGAUCCUGGGCUUCGUCCUCAGCUUCUGCGCCCUUGCUCUGCUCCUGUCUUGGAGUGCCUUCAAAGGAACGGCCAUGUCUCUGUUUGGACAGCCACUGUCCCACAGAACUCUGCGCUCCACUGAUGGGGAACAUAAUAUUUCCGUGGAUGUACCAGUUGCAAUGGCAUCUGGGAUGGAGGGUCAAGGAGACUAUCCUGAGGACCUGUUCAGCCUGGAGGAGAGGCGGCAGGGGGCCGUGGUUCUGCAUAUGUUCGGCAUGCUCUACAUGUUCAUCGCACUAGCCAUUGUUUGUGAUGAGUUCUUUGUUCCUGGGCUCACUGUCAUCACCGAGAAGCUUGAGAUUUCAGACGAUGUGGCUGGUGCCACCUUCAUGGCCGCUGGAGGCUCCGCGCCAGAGCUCUUCACCUCUGUGAUUGGCGUGUUCAUCUCCCACAGCAACGUGGGUAUCGGGACAAUUGUGGGCUCGGCUGUCUUCAACAUCCUGUUUGUGAUUGGGAUGUGCGCCUUGUUCUCGCGUGAAAUUCUGAAUCUCACGUGGUGGCCCCUCUUCAGGGACGUGUCCUUCUACAUCAUGGACCUCAUAAUGCUCAUCGUCUUUUUCCUGGAUAACUACAUCACCUAUGUGGAGAGCAUUGCCCUCCUAACAGCCUACUCUUCCUAUGUGCUCUUCAUGAAGUUCAAUGCCCAGGUGGAGGGUGUGGUCAAGGGCAUAAUGAACAGAAACCAGGUGGAUGAAAUAGAAGCUGCACCAAAGGUCAGCAAUGCCCCAGACGAUGAAAACAAACUCUCGGCCAAGCCCCGCCUCCAGAGAGGAGGAAGCUCCGCCUCUUUGCACAAUUCGCUGAUGAGAAACAGCAUCUUCCAGCUGAUGAUUCACACACUGGAUCCACUCAGUGAAGGGAGGUUCAAGGAGAAAGCUUCUAUUCUGCACAAGAUCGCAAGAAAAAAGGGUCAAGAUGAUGUCAAUGGUGUGGUAGAUAGGAACCUGCCCAACAGCACCAACGUGGAGGUGGAAGUGACUCCGCCCAUGAACGGCAGUGCAGGGCAAGAGGCUGAGGAAGAAGAAGAAGAUGAAGAUCAGCCUCUCAGCCUGGCGUGGCCGGACACGCCCCGGAAACGAGCGACGUACCUCUUCAUCUUCCCCAUCGUGUUUCCACUGUGGCUCACGCUGCCCGACGUCCGCAGAGAGACUUCAAAGAAGUUCUUUCCCAUCACGUUUCUGGGUUCGAUCUCCUGGAUCGCUGCCUUCUCCUAUCUGAUGGUUUGGUGGGCUCACCAGGUCGGAGAGACUAUAGGCAUCACAGAGGAAAUCAUGGGACUGACCAUCCUCGCUGCUGGAACCUCCAUCCCUGACCUCAUCACCUCCGUCAUCGUGGCCAGAAAGGGUCUGGGGGAUAUGGCUGUGUCCAGCUCCGUGGGCUCCAACAUCUUUGACAUCACUGUGGGUUUGCCGUUUCCAUGGCUCCUGUACUCCAUUGCGCACAACCUGAAGCCGGUGACGGUAAGCAGUAACGGCCUCUUCUGCGCCAUCGUGCUGCUCUUCCUCAUGCUCCUCUUCGUCAUCAUCUCCAUCGCCGUGUGCAAGUGGAGGAUGAGCAAGCUGCUGGGCUUCUUCAUGUUCAUGCUCUACUUCGUCUUCCUGGUGGUCAGCGUCAUGCUGGAGGACAAGGUCAUCACUUGCCCCGUCUCGAUCUGA